CUUUUUCGUUUGGGAUUAUUCAGAGUGUUUAAAUUACUGUUGAUCAACGUCGUAACGCUAUUGCGUCAUAACUUCCUUACCGAGUCCGCUUGCAGCAGUGGCUGCAGGCCUCAGAUACAUCAACCAUUUGAGCCUCAUUCAUUCGCGUUCUCCGGGACUCGGGAUGGAGCAUCUAGGCCGCCGCUAUCGGCCAAGGAUUCCUUUGCUCGAUAUCAGAAUCGUCUCAGAACAAUGGGCUUUUGAUCGCGUCUUGUUAGCGUCGUCCGCGCAGAUCCGGGGCAACGCGUCACCCCAACAUGCCGUCAUUGUGCCUUCCACUUGUUGUCUUGCCGAAAUAGCGCGGGCACGUAUUCUCGGUUUUUGUGACCCCAAUUCUCCAUUGGAAUACACAAGCUCAGCAUCAUUGAGGGCUUGGUAAGACGGCCGCCUUUCAUUCAUUCAACGUUUCCACUGCGAUCCUCAUGAUUCCUUCCACGACCUUCCUCCUACCUGUGACCCUUUUCGCGCAAUGCAUAGUAGCACAAGUCUCCUCGUCAAUAUCAGAACCUCCUAUAACUAGCAGUCUCAUUAUCUCAAUUGCCGAAUCCUCGAACAAUCCCUCCGGAUCUCCUCUCACAACGAGCGCCCCUAGAUCGCAAAAUGCUACCGCUACGUCCUCAUCAACGACCGCAGAUGUUACGGUCAUAGUAGGGCCGUCGGCGUCAACCAACGGGAACGCAUCAGCUACCACCUCUGCUCGUGCACGACCCUCGAAUACCCGACCUUGCAAUGGACACGUUGAAUUCUGCGACCGCAAAUUCUCGAACAUCUCGAUGGUCGUGGCUCACAACAGCCCUUUUGUAAGGCCGCGUAAUGCCGCUAGCAAUCAGGUAUACCCAGUUUUGAACCAACUCAAUGACGGUAUUCGAGGCCUUCAAUUCGAGACCCAAAAGCCCAAUUCCUCCUCCGCAAUACGCCUCUGCCACACUUCCUGCGAUCUGCUCGAUGUGGGCACCCUCGAAUCGUACCUCGCAACAGUUAAGGGGUGGCUCGACUCUAAUCCCUACGAAGUCAUUGCCAUAAUCAUGGGGAACAAUAAUGGGCAGACUACACGGAUACCUGUAGCCGACUAUGUCCAGCCCUUUCAAGAUGCUGGAAUCAUGAAGUAUCUCUGGACGCCAUCGUUACCCAGUAUGAAUCUGACCGACUGGCCCAGUCUCUCAGAAAUGAUUAUUAGAAAUAAGCGCGUAGUCGUCAUGAUGGAUUAUGGCACCGACCAAAGCCAAGUCCCCUGGCUGCUGAGCGAGUUCAACUACCAGUGGGAGACUCCCUUUUCCCCGACAGACCCAGCAUUCCCAUGCACACAGCAACGCCCGCCAAAUCAGGCUGAAGACGUCUCGCGGAACCGCAUGUACAUGAUGAACCACAAUCUUAACAUUGAGAUCAAUCUCUCGGGUAUCAGUGGGUUCCUCAUCCCAGCCUACUCACUUCUAGACAAAGUCAACGCCGUCUCUGGAAACGGCAGCUUGGGACUAGGUGUGCAGAAUUGCGAGAAGAUGUGGGGUCGCCCACCCAACUGGCUGCUCGUCGAUUACUACAACUUUGGUAAUAUCAAUGGAUCGGUCUUUCAGGUGGCUGCGACGGCGAACAACGUCUCCUACAAUGAGAAGUCGUGUUGUGGAACCCAGUCCAUAAGUGCGGCGGUUGCGCUCACGAGCCACAAUGUCCCCAUGGUCGUGAGCCUACUUUUACUUUCCCUGGCCUGGUUGUAAAUUACGGAAAACGAGGGCGCUGCUGGCCAAUUCUCUGCGUUUUUGCUUUGCUAUGCUCACUUGGGGCUGCCGCACCCCACUAUCCGCGUAGCCCUUUUUUUUGGUGGGCGUAUAGCGUGUCAGUCUAGCAUUGGAUCUCGAGUCAUUGAAGGCUUGUUUGAGGGCGUUUCUUGUUGUGCAUCAGCUCGCGAUUGGGAUGUAACACGUGUUUGAAGGCAUGUAUACAAAAGUUUGAGUUUUGAGUAUCGAGUAUCGCUCGAAUUGUGCCGCGCCUACUAUUCGUGUCAAUCGAGUCAUUUAGAGGUUCAGUUCGGGUCGCUUGCUUGCUUGUAUAUCCCUUUGUCCAGAAUAUCGAGCGCGUCACCGUUACGGGCGCGGCUAUAAAAAAGACUCGAGGCGAUCAUCGACCGUUAUUACAGC